CGGUGGGAGACGGAUUGCUGUGCAAAAUCGAGGAAGAUCGGAGCAGCGAGGUGAGCGGCCCCUCAUUAUAAGUUGAGGUAUUGGGGAAAACGCAGCCUGCUUGGACCUGCAGCCUCGUAGCUCUGUACAACUCUCUCACUCUCCUGUUGAUCUCUCUCUCCCUCCCUCUAUCCCGAUCUCUCCUUCCCUCCUACUUUCCACCCUGGAGAGUGAGAGCACACAGAUCGGGAAGGUGCUCCUCAGACCUACGUCUGGACAGCUUGAAGACACCACACAGAGGAUUUUAUUCCUCCCUCUCCUCUCAUUUUGACCUCCGUAUUCCAUCAUCUCUGUUGACAAAUUUACAAGAAAGAAAGAAAAAAAAAAAACCCAAAACACACAGAUGGAAUUUUUUGCUUUUUUGCUGGAAGCACAAAAGUAAAAGUUAGACAAUUUGUUCCACCUGCAGUUGGAAAUUCAUAACUUUCUACUGCAGCAACCUCAAGUGUCGGUUAUUUUUGUCGUAUUUUUUUUGUUCUUCCCCCUUACUGCCCCAUCGGUGAGCAGCACUGGACCAAUUCAGCGCUGCAGGUCACAGCCCAGGAGGAUCCAGCUCCACUUUUUUGGGUGCAUGCUCAUGAAAUAUCUGAUGCCACUGCACCCCAUGGGAGACACUCGUGGCUGAAGAAGGAGGGAAGAUACAUCUGCCUGAAGCUCACACACCUACAGCUGCUCCGAUCCAGUGCACCCCUUCAGGAGAAACAGUUUCUUCUCUGUGACAUCUGAAGCCUGGGAGAUCGGUGACCAUGCUGUUGGCUCCUGUCUGUGUGCUACUAAUGCUGGGAGGGCACGCUCUCGCUGGAGGCUACCCUCCCAUACCCCACAUGAAGUACAUGCAGCCCAUGAUGAAAGGACCCGUUGGACCCCCGUUCAGAGAGGGCAAAGGACAUUAUGUUGAUAUGCCCCCCAUGAUGGAGGUGAAGGGGGAGCCUGGACCCCAAGGAAAGCCUGGACCUAGAGGCCCUAUUGGGCCAGCUGGACUUCCGGGAAAACCUGGAAUCGGGAAGCCAGGUCUCAAUGGCCAGCAAGGCCCCCAGGGACCUCCUGGAUUUCCUGGAAUUGGGAAACCUGGACUUCCAGGUCUUCCAGGAAAGAUUGGCCCAAAGGGACCCCCAGGUAUUAACGGCGAAGUUGGUCCUCGUGGUGAACCAGGUCCUAGAGGCCCUCCAGGGCAGCCUGGACUCCCUGGCCCAGCUGGAUUGUCAUUAAAUGGGAAACCCGGUCUUCCAGGUGUCAGAGGACCCCCUGGGGCCCGUGGAGAACCAGGACUGAAGGGCAUUUCUGGCCCACCAGGUGAGAAAGGACUUAAAGGUGAAAAUGGUAAUGGAAAUCCAGGGCCUGCAGGUAUACGGGGUCCUCCUGGAUUAAAAGGCAGUCCAGGACUACCAGGUCCAUCAGGUGUUGGUAAACCAGGACCAAAAGGUUUGCCGGGGCUUCCCGGUCUUAAAGGUGAUCAAGGACUCCCAGGGGAUCGAGGAGAACAAGGGGAAACUGGGCCCCCAGGGCUACAAGGUUUGCCAGGUCCAGCUGGGCUAGGGAAACCUGGGAUAGAUGGAUUGCCAGGAGCACCAGGUCUAGUAGGACCAAAAGGUGAACCUGGACACAGGGGUUCUCCAGGAUUUCCUGGUACUCCUGGUUUUGGCAAACCUGGUCUAAAUGGGCCAAAAGGUGAAAAGGGCCAUGCUGGGCUACCUGGUCUUCAAGGGGACAAAGGAGAGCAAGGAAUGGUGGGGGCCGUUGGAGAGUCUGGCCUUGAUGGACAACCAGGAGCACCUGGAAUGCAAGGACCAAUGGGUCUUCCAGGGAAACAUGGAAUGCCAGGACAGAAGGGAGAGUUGGGCCCCCAGGGUCCUCCAGGAUUGCCUGGUCUAAGAGGUGGUCAAGGCCCCAAUGGACUGCCUGGAAAACCUGGUAUUCCUGGGGAAAAGGGGAUUCCAGGACCCAAUGGAGCUAUUGGGAAACCUGGGCCUAAAGGCGAGGCAGGGCAUAUUGGCCUACCUGGGAAUCCAGGUCUGACAGGUGCUCCAGGGCCUAAAGGAGAGACAGGAUUGGGGUCUCCAGGACCCAGGGGACAGUCAGGCAUUCCUGGACUUCAGGGACAAAUGGGUCCCAUGGGGCCACAGGGUGUUCCUGGCCCAAAGGGUGCGGGACUACCAGGUCCUCAAGGGAUUGGGAUGGUAGGUGAAAAGGGGGCUCUAGGUCCACAAGGCCCUCCAGGGAAACCAGGCACUGCUGGACUUAAUGGCAACCCUGGACCACCUGGGCCUCCAGCCCCAGGUCCUCCAGGAAAUGGCCAAACAGUUGUUGCAGGGCCAACAGAUUCACACUUGGAAGGGGAUGAAAUACCUGGAGACAGGAAGAAGCCUGCAUGUAGUCAAGUUCCACUCUCUAUGUCUGUAGCACCCGCCUUCACAGCCAUACUCAGCACACCUUUCCCUCCAUCUGUGCCAAUCAAAUUUGACAGGACCCUGUACAACGGGCAAAAUGCCUACAACCCAGCAACAGGCAUGUUCACGGCUCCUUUAUCUGGUGUCUACUACUUUGCCUACCACAUGCACGUAAAGGGAACUAGCCUGUGGGUGGCACUGUACAAGAACAAUGUACCAGCAACUUACACCUACGGAUACAAGAAAGGUUAUAUGGACCAAGCGUCAGGUAGUGGUCUAGAGCUGAAGGAGGGGGAUCAGGUAUGGGUCCAGAUGCCUUCGGAUCAGGCAAAUGGCCUCUACUCCACGGAGUACAUCCAUUCCUCCUUUUCAGGAUUCCUGCUCUGCCCCACAUAUUUCUUCUCUGUGACAUCUGAAGCCUGGGAGAUCGGUGACCAUGCUGUGGCUCCUCCCAUGAUGAAAGGACCCGUUGGACCCCCGUUCAGAGAGGGCAAAGGACAUUAUGUUGAUAUGCCCCCCAUGAUGGAGGUGAAGGGGGAGCCUGGACCCCAAGGAAAGCCUGGACCUAGAGGCCCUAUUGGGCCAGCUGGACUUCCGGGAAAACCUGGAAUCGGGAAGCCAGGUCUCAAUGGCCAGCAAGGCCCCCAGGGACCUCCUGGAUUUCCUGGAAUUGGGAAACCUGGACUUCCAGGUCUUCCAGGAAAGAUUGGCCCAAAGGGACCCCCAGGUAUUAACGGCGAAGUUGGUCCUCGUGGUGAACCAGGUCCUAGAGGCCCUCCAGGGCAGCCUGGACUCCCUGGCCCAGCUGGAUUGUCAUUAAAUGGGAAACCCGGUCUUCCAGGUGUCAGAGGACCCCCUGGGGCCCGUGGAGAACCAGGACUGAAGGGCAUUUCUGGCCCACCAGGUGAGAAAGGACUUAAAGGUGAAAAUGGUAAUGGAAAUCCAGGGCCUGCAGGUAUACGGGGUCCUCCUGGAUUAAAAGGCAGUCCAGGACUACCAGGUCCAUCAGGUGUUGGUAAACCAGGACCAAAAGGUUUGCCGGGGCUUCCCGGUCUUAAAGGUGAUCAAGGACUCCCAGGGGAUCGAGGAGAACAAGGGGAAACUGGGCCCCCAGGGCUACAAGGUUUGCCAGGUCCAGCUGGGCUAGGGAAACCUGGGAUAGAUGGAUUGCCAGGAGCACCAGGUCUAGUAGGACCAAAAGGUGAACCUGGACACAGGGGUUCUCCAGGAUUUCCUGGUACUCCUGGUUUUGGCAAACCUGGUCUAAAUGGGCCAAAAGGUGAAAAGGGCCAUGCUGGGCUACCUGGUCUUCAAGGGGACAAAGGAGAGCAAGGAAUGGUGGGGCCCGUUGGAGAGUCUGGCCUUGAUGGACAACCAGGAGCACCUGGAAUGCAAGGACCAAUGGGUCUUCCAGGGAAACAUGGAAUGCCAGGACAGAAGGGAGAGUUGGGCCCCCAGGGUCCUCCAGGAUUGCCUGGUCUAAGAGGUGGUCAAGGCCCCAAUGGACUGCCUGGAAAACCUGGUAUUCCUGGGGAAAAGGGGAUUCCAGGACCCAAUGGAGCUAUUGGGAAACCUGGGCCUAAAGGCGAGGCAGGGCAUAUUGGCCUACCUGGGAAUCCAGGUCUGACAGGUGCUCCAGGGCCUAAAGGAGAGACAGGAUUAAUGGGGUCUCCAGGACCCAGGGGACAGUCAGGCAUUCCUGGACUUCAGGGACAAAUGGGUCCCAUGGGGCCACAGGGUGUUCCUGGCCCAAAGGGUGAACCGGGACUACCAGGUCCUCAAGGGAUUGGGAUGGUAGGUGAAAAGGGGGCUCUAGGUCCACAAGGCCCUCCAGGGAAACCAGGCACUGCUGGACUUAAUGGCAACCCUGGACCACCUGGGCCUCCAGGUCCCCCAGGUCCUCCAGGAAAUGGCCAAACAGUUGUUGCAGGGCCAACAGAUUCACACUUGGAAGGGGAUGAAAUACCUGGAGACAGGAAGAAGCCUGCAUGUAGUCAAGUUCCACUCUCUAUGUCUGUAGCACCCGCCUUCACAGCCAUACUCAGCACACCUUUCCCUCCAUCUGGCAUGCCAAUCAAAUUUGACAGGACCCUGUACAACGGGCAAAAUGCCUACAACCCAGCAACAGGCAUGUUCACGGCUCCUUUAUCUGGUGUCUACUACUUUGCCUACCACAUGCACGUAAAGGGAACUAGCCUGUGGGUGGCACUGUACAAGAACAAUGUACCAGCAACUUACACCUACGAUGAAUACAAGAAAGGUUAUAUGGACCAAGCGUCAGGUAGUGCCGUCCUAGAGCUGAAGGAGGGGGAUCAGGUAUGGGUCCAGAUGCCUUCGGAUCAGGCAAAUGGCCUCUACUCCACGGAGUACAUCCAUUCCUCCUUUUCAGGAUUCCUGCUCUGCCCCACAUAGCCCUGUACCUUCAUUCAUACAUGUCCCUUUAUUGGCACCUCAGCCCUAAACAUAAAAUACCUGCAGCCAUAAUAGAAACAACCAACAAAAUUAUCAGUAUGCUCGCCAUCAUGUUUAUCUAUCUCACCCUCAUCACCAAAAGACAACAGAAACUUUGUGAAUGAAUACGGAAAGUUUAAAAAGGCAGGGUUAGUAAUUACAUACUGUUGUUUGUUUGUUUUUGUUUUUAUUUGUCCUACAGAUGUGUGUUUUGGGCUGUAUUUCAUGUUUUUUCUAGCUUAUAUGUUUUAAUUAUUAUAUUGUCAUAAUUUUAUUGUUAUUAUUUAAUCCUUGUCAUUAUUGUUGUUGUCAUUGUUAAUUGGUUCUACACAAUUAAGUGCCUUACUUUGUAAAGUGUUAGCAACAAACCUACCCAUGUGACUGCACAUCCAGCCCAAAUGUUCUUGUGUCCAAGGAUGACGUCUCCAGAUCCCUGAGGGCUGAUUGGUUCCUGCCGCUGCAGUCACUUCCUCUGAAAUGUUUAUUCUAUAAUUUCAAAGUUAUGCAUUGUCAUUCACUACUUAAUUAAGAAUGUAACGAACAUGCCACCCGGUGCCAUAAUACCCUUCAUUCUCACUGAGCGGUUGUUUGGCUUGAUUGGUACGCUAAACAAUUCUGACUUUAAAAUAGUAGAAUUAAAUGUGUUGUUCACCUGAGAUACAAUUAGAACAGUUGGUAUAAGUAUCUGUUGGUGCUUAUUUUUGUUUAUGAAUUCAAUGUCAAUUUUAAGCAAUUAAAAUCCAACAAAUGCAGGUAGCGCAGGUUGUUCAGUGGGAUAGGUGUUGGGCUACCAAUAGAUAGAUCUGCAGGCUUCCUCCAAUCACAAUAUCUGUCUGUGUCCCAGGACAAAACACUUCAUCUGUAUUGUCUCAGUCCACCCAGCUGGAAUAGUUUUGGGUUUGGUUGGGGAAGUAACCUACGAUGGAGUGGCAACCCAUCCAGGGGGAGUCCCACACCUUCAUCCAUUUCACGCUAUGGAAUCCGGGGAUAAACACCAGCACUAAUGGGCCUUGGAGCCAAUAUAGGAUUAUUUUUUUCUUCUUCUUCUUGUCCUUCUUCUAUUGUAUACAGACAGACCAGGUGGCUCAGUCAGACAGGAGCUGGGUCACCAAUAUGUAGACCUGAGUUUGUUGCCCUGUCACACUGCCUGUUUGCAUCCUUGGACAAGAUAUUUCACCUUCUUGUCCCAGUCCACCCAGAUAUAAAUAGGGACCAGCCUUGGCUGGGAAGUAACCUGCAAUGGACGCCAUCCAUUGCUAAGUUGUAGACUGUCACAUACACUUCAUACUACGGACUCUAGGAGGAAAGCACCUGCACCAGCGGACCUCAAAGCCUAUAAAGAACUUACUUCUUCAAUCAGAUAUACUAUAUCUACUUAUCCCAUUCAGGGUUACAAAUGAUUAAAGGCUACCCCAUCACAUAAUGUGCAAGAGGCGCAGUAUACCCUGGACAAGUCACCAGGGUCUGAUUGUUCAAUAUACAUUUGUUCAACAGUCCAGAAAUGUAAACUUGUAAAGACACUGCAAGACUGUUAUGACCAUACAGUAUUAGAAUUACUUCAAAGUGCCCUCAA